GUCGACAUACAGUAAUUGCCAGGAAACUCGGGAGGUUGGUGCUGCACCAUUUAUCAGCAAGAGAUUUCCAAAUCAGCAAGCAAUCAAAAGGACAUCAAGAAGGACCCCUCAGAAAAUCCACAAUUCUCAUGUUGAUCAGACAACAACAGAAGUGAUUUCUACUGUCAAUAUAACCCAUCGACCUACAAGCAAGAAGGUAAUCAGGACAGAAAAGAAUGUGUGGAAUUUGAUGGUGAGGUCGGGUCCCAUCAUAAGGAAUCAAAAGAGUUUUGCAAUUUUGCUAGCAAUUUGAGUUACUGAAAAUGAAAACCACCAGAAGCAUUCUGAUAACUAUUUUGAUUAUUUGUGGACUGGCUGUCAUUAUUGCAGUUGUAGUUGCUGUUUUAGCAAUAUUUCUAACUAAAGCUGCAAGUUCCAGUCCAUGGAAAGUUUACUACAAAGGAAAUUUCAGAAUAUUAAAUGUUCCUUACAACGAUAACUUGGCAACAAGCAGCUCAAUGGAGUUCUUUGUGUUAGCAAAUAAAAUUCAUGCACAACUCACAUCGGUGUACUCAAAAUCCAGCUUAUCCAACCAGUUUGGCUUUGCACAGGUUAUAGAAUUCAGCUCUGGGAGUGUUAAAGUGCUAUUUAUACUUCAGUUCCGAGGAAAUGGAAGCACACCUACUGCUGUGGGAGCAAUCAAUGAAACAUUUCAUCAAAGCUUAACACAGCGCAAUAAAUUUAACCAAUCCGGCAACUUGGACGACUUCAUCAUAGACUUAACAUCAAUUCAGUUUACUGAAAUCAGUAAGGAAAAAGCAAAUGCCCUUUUCAUUAAAGCUAUGCCGAACUCAAAUGCUACAACUACCACGGAGAUACCCACCACGUUUACAUCGAAGGAGGAACCACCAACUAUACAAAACUCAGAUGCCACAACUACCACGGAAAUACCAGACAUGCUUACAUCGAAGGAGGAAUCACCAACUAUGCCGAACUCAAAUGCUACAACUACCAUGGAGAUACCUACCACGGUUACAUCGGAGAAGGAAUCACUAACUAUGCCGAACUCAAAUGCUACAACUACCAUGGAGAUACCUUCCACGGUUACAUCGGAGAAGGAAUCACUAACAUGUGGCUCUCAGUUUAGAGCAACCAGUAAGAUUGUUGGUGGGACAGACUCUGAGGAUGGCGAAUGGCCCUGGCAAGUUAGCCUCCAGGUUGGAUAUCAUAGAUGCGGUGCUGCCAUCAUCUCUGACAGUUGGCUCAUCUCUGCUGCUCACUGCUUUCAAACGCCACUAAGCAAACCAUCACAAUGGCAAGCUUACAUGGGAUCAGUUGAACUCAGACAAGGUACACGCCGAGACAUCAAAAGAAUCAUCAUCCAUCCCAGUUACGGGGCCAGCAACGCCAACAACUAUGACGUUGCUGUUCUGGAACUUCUCAACCCGCUCCAUUUUUCCAAAUUCAUCCAACCAAUUUGCCUUCCAUCGAGUAGCAAAAUCUUUCCUGAUGGUCAACAUUGCACCGUCACAGGUUGGGGAGCUCUUGCUUUCAAAGGCCAAUUGCCUGAUAUCCUACAACAAGGAAAUGUAGAUAUCAUCAGUGAGGAAACAUGCAAGAAAGCCUAUGGACGGCUCAUCACUCCUAUAAUGCUGUGUGCUGGCAUCUUAACCGGGGAAGUCGAUUCUUGCCAGGGCGAUUCAGGGGGCCCACUGGCCUGUAAGCAGUCUGAUGGAUUCUGGUUCCUCGCUGGAAUUGUCAGCUUUGGCAAUGGUUGUGCCACGCCGGGAUUUCCUGGAGUCUACACUCGUGUAACAGCCAUUCGUGAGUGGGUGCAAGAGCAGACGGGAGUAUAAGUGGCUUUACAGUGGCACACUUUAGUUUGAACUCCUCCUGCACUGAUUUCCAAUGUCACUUUCACCAGAGUGAGCUCCCAACUCCUGAUUUAAUUCAAAAAAUGUGACCAUGUCUGCACUUUCUACAUGCUAUUUAAAGGUGAACAUUUAUAAAAUAAGAACUCUAAACUUCAUUUAUCUUUAUUGUAUACUACACUGUUCCUACUAAUAUACAAAGGCUAAGUUCUUGUGUUUCUCAAAUUAGAAGUUUAAAAUAUCUGAUCAAAAUCAGUAACAAGAGACAAUCUGCAGAUGCUGGAAAUCCAAAGAACACACACAAAAUGCUGGAGGAACUCA